AUUAGGGUUGAAAUCCAUCGAAUGCUAAUGAUACCAGUCCAGGGGAAGUUUCGUUGUACAGUGUACAUGUAUUUAUAAAUAUGAAAUACCUACGAAUCCAACAUCGAGUAUCUAAAAUAUUAUUUUUAUAAUUUAGUGCGGAACUCACUGUCUAAGUAAUGGCAUAUUGCUGCAAUUGUAAAUAUUAAUCGGUGUACAAAAAGUUUGUUCACGAUUCAUUUAACAUCGCGUAAUAAUGUUUUGUACGAAUAUUUGAAAAAUAUAAUCCAUGCAAAAUCCAUAAAUUACCCCAAGAUACUUCAAAUUUUACGUUGAAUUUCUCUUUUUUAGAGUUAUUUACAUGCAUAAGAAAAUUUCGAUAUUUAUUAGUUUCUUCUAAAUUAUUGCCGUUAAAAUAUUUUUCGCUGCGUCGAAAUACUUGAAAAUGUAAUACGAGGUUCCUCAUAAGUCAUUACUCAUUGUUAAUGGAAAUUAAAAAAGAUUUGAGCGUAAAUCCUCGAAUCAUUUUUUAUUAACGUCUGAAGUUUUAUAAUUUCGACGAAAUUCGGUUAAAUCACGAAAAUGUUCCAAUUAUUUUGAGAUGUAAAAUUGAAAAACAUAAAUAACUUUAAAGUUAUUGUAGAUCAGCUACCAACAGAAACAAAUUCUGACAAUUGUUUAUCUCCACCAAUGUUUGAAAAUGACAAUGAAUCUCAUAAUGAAGAAAAUGAACAAUAUCAGCCUUCAUCAUCCGGAGCCGUGGACUUUUCUCAUGCAACAAUACAUUUAUUACAACAAAUUAUACGAGGUCAACAGAUGACUAAUAAAUUAUUAACAAAACUAAUAAUGAACAAUGGAGAAUCUAAACCCCAAUCAACAAUCAGACAAAAAUGUACUGAGCAUUUCAUUCUGCCGGCUAAAUCUGUAGCUGAAGUGUGUGAUAUCGAAGAAAAAUUGCAAUUGUCUGCUUCACGACAACUAAUGAUCAGUAGAUUACAGCAAUGUGGGGGAAGAUCGCAGAAUGACACUACUACAUUGAUACUAAGAACAUUAUUAACAGACCAUUGCGCAUCUAACUACAACUUUGAAGGUCGAAACUCUGGAAAACAUGCUUUCAAAGAUUUGAUAAUGUUUAGUAUUGUACUUGAUGUAACUCUGAUGAAACAUCCAACAGGAUCCGAAGAUGUGGUUAGAUGCAGAAUAAAAAACUGGUUACGCUUAGCACCAACCCGGGACAAAUAUAAAAAUAAUAAAUAAUAAUAUUAAGUGGUAUUGUGGUUGGUAGGUAGAGUAUAUACCUAGUAUUAUAGUGUAUUUUAAUUUAUAACGGGUUUUUUUUAAUUUGACUAAAUAUAAUAUAUGUAAAUUUUAUUAAAUUUUAUUAAAUUUUAUUGUAAACAUCAUUAAAAAAAGCUUAAAAGCUUUCAUUACAACGAUUUAAUUUUGACUUAACAUGUUUAAUUGUUAUAUUUAAU